CGUUAGUUUUAUUUCCCUAUUCUGAGUCAAUUCAAAGAGCUGUGUAAUAUAAGACACAUUCAUCACAAGUAACACGAUUUUUCCAAACUGCGAAUUAAAGGAAUAUGGUAAAUAGUACCCUCCCUUCCUCGCAUCUCAUUAACUGAGUCCCGUUGCUCUAUAGGUGAAGCUGCCUCUCUCUGCCAUACUGAAGCAGGUGUCCAACAUGGCGAACACUGGCAGCGGCUCUCUCGCGACUAUUCUCUUUUUAUUCAUGUUUCAAGCGGCUCUUCUUAAAGGAGCUGCACAGGACGCAGUGGUGAGUCAGAACCUGGUGACUGAUAACGUGUCGGUGGUGGAGGGCGAGAUGGCGAUCAUCAGCUGUCGGGUGAAGGAGAACGACGACUCCGUCAUCCAGCUGCUCAACCCCAACAGACAGACGAUUUACUUCAGAGACAUGAGACCACUUAAAGACGCUCGUUUUCAGCUGGUGAACUUCUCAGACAACGAGCUGCGGGUGUCACUGUCUAAUGUGUCGCUGUCAGACGAGGGUCGAUAUGUUUGCCAGCUCUACACGGACCCCCCACAGGAAGCCUACGCCGACAUCACCGUGCUAGUUCCUCCAGGUAACCCCAUCAUCGAGGCCCGGGAUGAGGUCCUGAGCGAGGGCAACGAGACAGAGAUGACCUGCACUGCCAUGAGCAGCAAGCCCGCCGCCACCAUCAGAUGGAUGAAGGGAGAUAAAGAGCUUCCAGGCAAGCCCAAAGUGGAGCUGACCUACGACAAGAUGUACACCGUGACCAGCCGGCUGACGUUCACCGUCAGCAAGGAGGACGAUGGUGUACCGGUGGCGUGCAUCGUUGACCACCCUGCAGUGAAGGACUUCCUUGCACAGAAAUACCUGGAGGUUCAGUACAAACCGGAGGUAAAGAUCGUGGUAGAAUUUCCUCAGGGUCUAACAAGGGAAGGAGAGAACCUGGAACUGACGUGUCAGGCCAAAGGCAAACCCCAGCCAAAGCGGGUGAACUGGGUCAAGGUGGAUGACGAUGUGCCCUCCCAUGCCGUCAUCACCAACGGUGAUCUUUACAUUGAAAACCUAAACAAGUCCUACAACGGAACCUACCGCUGUGUGGCCUCCAACACAGUGGGGGAGUCUUUCGAUGACUACAUCCUCUACGUCUAUGAUGCUCCCACCACUACCCCUAUACCCACCACAGCCACCACCACCACCAUCACCACCACCACCACCAUCUCCUUCCCUGAAGCCAACCAAGACACUGCGCCCAGCACUGAACCUGCAGCUCAUGAUUCCCGAGCUGGAGAGGGAGCACCCAGAGCGGUGGACCAUGCAGUGAUCGGAGGAGUGGUGGCCGUGGUCGUCUUCGCCAUGCUCUGUCUACUCAUUGUCUUGGGGCGCUAUUUUGCAAGACACAAAGGUACCUACUUCACACACGAAGCCAAAGGAGCGGACGACGCAGCGGACGCAGAUACGGCUAUCAUCAACGCAGAGGGGGGCCACACCAACUCGGACGAAAAGAAAGAGUACUACAUCUAA